GUUCUUCGUCCGGCCCGUGUUUUGGGCGAUGCACUGUUGUGCGUAUUUAUUUCACCUCGCUCCGCAGUGCUCUCAAUCCAAAAUGGCUGCAGGAGAGAACAACAGUAGACCUCCGUGUCUCAGUUUCUCCAGCCCCGGGCCUCUAGGCAACGUUCAGCCGAGCAACAGCGCUCAUUCUGCGGCUGCCACCAACGGGGGGUUAGGGGGACCGACCGGUGGGGCGCAAAGUGGAGCUCGGAGGACGAACCCGCAACCGGGGCCUGGCGCCGUCGAAGGCGCCGGUGCCGCAGUAGGGGCCUCGCCGAACGCGCAGAACUGUAACCCGCAGGCGGCGGCUCAGAGCGCCGCGGUCGCAGCCACGGCCGCUGGAGGGAUGGCUACCUCGGCGAUGAACAUGACACCGACAUCGAACGCAUCCGCGGCGGCGGCAGGACUGGCAGCUCAUUCGGCGCUUUCUAGCGCACCAGCGGCAGCCGCGGCCGUGUUGGUGUACCGGGAGCCCGUGUAUAACUGGCAAGCCACGAAAAGCACCGUUAAGGAGAGGUUUGCGUUUCUCUUCAACAACGAGGUGCUGAGUGAUGUGCACUUUUUAGUAGGCAAGGGGAUGGGAGUCCAGCGAAUUCCAGCGCACAGGUUUGUGCUGGCGGUAGGCAGCGCCGUGUUCGACGCGAUGUUCAACGGAGGGAUGGCCACGACCUCUACAGAGAUCGAGCUGCCCGACGUGGAGCCCGCGGCCUUCCUCGCGCUGCUGAAAUUCCUGUACUCUGACGACGUGCAGAUCGGGCCGGAAACGGUGAUGACCACCCUGUACACGGCCAAGAAGUACGCAGUGCCCGCGCUCGAGGCCCACUGCGUGGAGUUCCUGAAGAAGAACCUGCGCGCGGAUAACGCCUUCAUGCUCCUCACGCAGGCACGGCUGUUUGACGAGCCCCAGCUGGCCAGCCUGUGCCUGGAGAACAUCGAUAAGAACACCGGCGACGCCCUGGCGGCAGAGGGCUUCACCGACAUCGACCUGGACACGCUGGUGGCGGUGCUGGAGCGGGACACGCUGGGCGUGCGGGAGGUGCGCCUCUUCGCCGCGGCGGUGCGGUGGGCGGAGUCAGAGGCGCAGCGGCAGCAGCUGCAGCCCACGGCGGAGAACAAGCGGCGGGUCCUGGGGAGGGCGCUGACCCUCAUCCGCUUCCCCCUGAUGACCAUCGAGGAGUUCGCCGCGGGCCCGGCGCAGUCGAGCAUCCUGACGGACAGGGAGGUGGUGAGCCUGUUCCUGCACUUCACGGUGAACCCCAAGCCGCGGGUGGAGUUCAUCGACCGGCCGCGCUGCUGCCUGCGGGGCAAGGAGUGCAGCAUCACGCGCUUCGGCCAGGUGGAGAGCCGCUGGGGCUACAGCGGGACCAGCGACCGCAUCCGGUUCUCGGUGAACCGGAGGAUAUUCGUGGUGGGGUUCGGGCUCUACGGGUCCAUACACGGCCCCACAGAUUACCAGGUCAACAUCCAGAUCAUCCACACAGACAGUAACACGGUCCUGGGACAGAAUGACACGGGGUUCAGCUGUGACGGGUUGCCCAGCACCUUCCGCGUGAUGUUCAAGGAGCCGGUGGAGAUCCUGCCCAACGUCAACUACACGGCGUGCGCCACCCUGAAGGGCCCGGACUCGCACUACGGCACGAAGGGCAUGCGCAAGGUGACGCACGAGUCGGCCGCCAGCGGCGUCAAGACCUGCUUCACCUUCUGCUACGCCGCCGGCAACAACAACGGCACCUCCGUGGAGGACGGACAGAUCCCCGAGGUCAUCUUCUACACAUAAUGACCCCUGACCCCUGACCCCUGGGUGGGGCGGGGGUGGGCUGGGAGGGGAGGGGAGGGGAGGGGAGGGGGGAGGGGACAGGGGCCAGGACUGGGGUAGGGGCAGGGUGGUGAAAACAUCGUCUGGUGACAUCAUCGUCCGGUGACAUCUUGCUGGCUGCUGAUUGGACGCCGCUGUGUACAGCCGAGGCGAACGGUGACGGCGAGCGGCCGAGCGGACAGGAAGUGGCCGCGUCGCCGCUGACUGGAAGCCGCCGGUUUGGGCGAGACCCUCAAGGAGAGCGCGAGGACGCUGACGCUACCCGGCGGGUCGGCAGGCUUGAGCCGCUCUGAUUGGCCGGUCGCUGACAGACACUGACCCCGGUCUCUCUCUCUCUCUCUCUCUCUCUCUCUCUGUUCCUCGCUCGUUUGAAAGGAGGACUCUCUCGCUCUUUCACGCAGCACUUGGCGGUAGGUUUCCUGGUGGAGGGGCGUGCCGUGCCACAGAGGUGGCGUAAGCUAAACUAACCCUGUCCUCGCGUAGUUCCCCAGCUAGCUAAACAAACGAUUUCUGGAUCAUUCCAUGAGUUCCUUUAACUUGUGGAAGCUGGACUUUAAAGUGUGCAUCAGCCUGCUUUUUGGGGCGGGCGGGCGGGCCGGGGGCGGGGCGUUACCUGACAUACCUGAAGAAACUCUAAACAAGGAUGUGAUUAAACAAUAUGAACUCAACAUGUUAAAGCAAGCUUGGUCUUAAUCAGUCUUCCUUUUCCAUCACUGUUCAGGUUCACGUUAACUUGUUUUUCACUCGGUGAACCUGGAUUUCACAGUGGAUUAAAAAAAAUGAUAAU